UUAGUGUUUGUUAAUUACUACUUGGUGAGUUCUAUUUUCACUUCGAACUUUUCUCUGCGGUUUCUUUGAUUUCUCGCUGCUUUACUGGUGCUCAUUUUUACGGCGUUUUGCGUCUUUUCCUCUGUUUUUUUCCAUCAACAUCUGCUGGAUUCAUGAAAGCAUUGUGAUGCAUGCUACACAAUUCUUUGUUUGAAACAAUUAAUUAAAGGACGAUAGAUGUGGAAAUUGUGAAAUUUAGGAUUUGUUGGGUGUCGGCGGUUUCCUUCAACGAUUUAGAAUCGAACUUACUUCAUUUGUAUGACUAGUCGUUAAGCUGAUUGUUACUCUAGGUAUAGAACAUUCACGAUUAGUCGAUGCUAAUGAAAUUUAAUACGGGUUCCUUGUUCAUGAUAGAUUUUCUUUUUCUUUUUUUUUUUUGUUUUGCUUUUCCAUAAUUUUGGCUAUUGUUAACUUUGCAACAUCUCAAAAGAAGUGUAUGAGCUAACUCGGAUUGAUAAUACCGAGUCUUAGUUACUUCUUCCUCCGCUGUUGAUCCCCCCUCCUUUUCUUGAACUUUUUGAGAAAUUAAUUGGCUAGGUAAAUAAUGAAAUGUUUCCUUAGAUUCACCAGCUCGUAAAAGUACAUGACCCCGCUUUCUUUCCAGCAGUUAGUUAAAGAGAUUAUGUUUUUUGUUUUUGGUUUCUUAUACUUAGUGGUUAUUUUAACCUAAUUCCUUAAACUAACUACCAUAUUGUUUCAAUCCUGUAUUUCGAUCUUAGGUGUCAAAUUGAUAAGUGCACAAGACAUGGGUCACAUAACUGGUAGAUUUGGGUAAAAAUUAAUGUGUUACUGAUUUUGUACUGACUAAAAUGGGCACUACCCUAGCCAAACACACAUCAGAUAAGCUGUGAAAGGAGUUGUAAAAGGAAAAUCCAAUGGAAGAAAUACAAGGCCAGGACUGAAGAAAAGAGGUCAUGGGAGUCGCUCUUGGAUAAAAAUUUAUCAGGAUGGAAAUUCAAAGACUGUGACACUUGACAAGGCUACUGUUAUGAGAUGCUGCUCUUUGCCUUCCAGAGAUCUCCGACUAUUGGAUCCUAUGUUCAUUUAUCCUUCUACCAUAUUAGGAAGGGAGAAGGCGAUUGUGGUCAACCUUGAACAAAUCUGGUGUAUCAUAACUGCUGAUGAGGUUUUUCUAAUGAACUCCUUAGAUGGAAGUGUUGGUCAGUACAAGUUUGAAUUAUGCAAUCGACUUCAGAAUGAAAAAUCUGAUGAUCUUCCAUUUGAGCUCAGGGCACUGGAGCUGGCUCUGGAGUUGACUUGCUCUUCUCUGGAUGCUCAGGUGAAGGAACUAGAAAUGGAAAUAUAUCCAGUACUAGAUGAGCUAGCCUCAUCCAUCAGUACUCUUAAUCUAGAACGCGUUCGAAGAUUUAAAGGACACCUCCUUACAUUGACUCAACGAGUUCAAAAGGUUCGUGAUGAAAUAGAACAUUUAAUGGAUGAUGAUGGGGACAUGGCUGAGAUGUGCCUGACUGAGAAGAAGAGACAAUCGGAUACUUACCAUUUAAGUGACCUCUUCCUUCAGAUGAAUAUAUCAGGAUCUGGAACAGUGAUUUCAAAAUCAGCUCCAGCUUCACCGGAGCGAACUUUGAGUGGCGCUGAUAUGUUGCAAAGGGCUUUCAGCAGCAUUGGAAAUUCAAGUAAAUACGGCAGCCUUGCUGGUUCAUCUAAUGACGGAGAAAAGAUUGAACCACUUGAAAUGUUGCUUGAAGCAUACUUUGUGGUCAUUGAUAACACACUUAAUAAUUUAUUGUCGCUCAAAGAAUAUAUUGAUGACACCGAAGAUUUCAUCAAUAUAAAAUUGGGCAAUAUUCAGAACCAACUAAUACAAUUCGAGUUGCUUCUAACAGCAGCUACAUUGUUAGCUACAGUAUUUGCCUCUGUGACGGCAGUUUUUGGAAUGAAUUUUGAGGCUACAGUAUUUGACCAUCCAUAUGGAUUUCACUGGGUUUUGGUAGUUACUGGAAUUGGAUGUGCAUUACUAUACUUCUCCUUCCUAUUCUAUUUUAGGAACAAGAACGUACUUCCAGCUUAAUCUGCGACCUGCUCUAAAUAGUAAAUAGUAUACUGGAUUGUAUAUUCUAGCAAACCCAAGUUUGCCUUGGAACUCAGUGAUGAUGAUUAGGACAGGUUAGCCCUGAUACAUCCAUCUGCUAUUGAUACAAGAAAAUCUAUCCACUGCUAUAACAAGUUGGAACGUGUCAUAUAUGAACUGAUCCAGCCAUUUCAUCAUUCAAGAUGCUAGAGUUGUACUUGGGCAACUAUCCUUUGUGCAGGCCAAGAUGUCUCUGUAAUCCCUUGAUAUGCUGAAGGAGUCAUAGACUUUCCCAUCCCUGCUCUUUUUGUACUCAAACAAGAGAUUUGAACUGUCAAAUGCAGUAAGUUUUACAAACCCAUAAUCAUAGUCUUUAAAGAUACUCCAUUUGGUCUUGAGAGUAGUGAAUGUUGAGAGGCUUGCUCCUCCACCACCAGCAACCACAUGGAUGGUCCCAUGUAAGGGUCCCUUGUAGUGUUGUCUCUCUUCACUGGUGCAGAUACUCUGUUGCAACAUAUGAUGGGAAGUUAUUUGCUAGUAAGAGAAUGUGUCUGUGACAUGUAAAAUGUAACUCGACAUUCCAAAAUGUGCAGAAGUCUUACUACA